AUAUCCCAGGGUUCAUCACGGGCGACUCGUCAACUGAUGGGACGUAUCAGCUCACGCGGACUCUAUCUGGGUGUGCUGAGUCGAAUACCCGCUCUAGCGCCUGACCGAUAGAAACCGGCAGAUUUUUUCACCAGAAACAGAGACAAACCAUUUCACCGGUGUUGGAACGGUCUCAGUCAGUUCAUAGGGUGACAUCGACAUUGGGUUCUGAGGGGACACUUAACGUAGAGCAAGAACUGCGUAACUUAAAUCUCAGUAGUAAAAAUCUAAGACCCACGAUGGACCCGAGAGACACUGCCCCUGAUUCCUGGGAACAAGAGGACGAUGUGGAGGCCACAAUCGACGGACAACUUGACAAAGCUUUUACAAACUUGAACGUAAAUGCUAAACCAUUUGUACCCAAUGUAAAUGCCGCUGAGUUUGUUCCGACUUUUGCCACGAUAGAACAUCCAGAGAACAUUGAUUCGGCCGUUGCUGUAGAAAGGAGACCCAUCUUGGAGGUGACAGAAUGUAAUGCUCCAGUGGAGAACGGGGACACAGAGAUGUGUACAGAAGAGCCAUGGGACCAGAAGGACUUGGAGCCAAAUCAAGAGGAGCCAGGCGGCGGAGACCGGGGACCACAGGCGCCAGCAUUAAUGGAGAAAACCACCCCAGAGAUGGAGGAGGAAGAGGAAGUGCCAGUGCUCAAGGUUCAACCAUCACAGCCAGAUGCCCCCAGGAAAGAACACAUUAAUGUUGUGUUCAUUGGGCACGUAGAUGCUGGCAAAUCAACUAUUGGUGGACAAAUUAUGUAUCUAACAGGCAUGGUAGAUAAGAGAACAUUGGAAAAGUAUGAGAGAGAAGCCAAGGAAAAGAACCGGGAAACCUGGUAUCUGUCUUGGGCUUUAGACACCAACCAAGAAGAGAGGGACAAAGGAAAGACAGUGGAGGUGGGAAGAGCAUACUUCGAAACUGAAAAAAAGCACUUUACCAUUCUUGAUGCUCCAGGUCACAAAAGUUUUGUGCCCAACAUGAUUGGAGGUGCAUCACAAGCAGAUCUGGCUGUUCUGGUGAUCUCUGCAAGGAAAGGAGAGUUUGAAACUGGUUUUGAGAAGGGGGGACAAACACGGGAGCACGCCAUGUUGGCCAAAACGGCUGGUGUCAAGCACCUGAUAGUUCUGGUGAAUAAAAUGGAUGAUCCUACAGUCAACUGGAGCCUGGAGAGGUAUGAAGAGUGUAAGGAGAAAUUAGUGCCAUUUUUGAAGAAGGUCGGCUUUAACCCGAAGAAAGACAUUCACUUCAUGCCUUGUUCUGGACUGACAGGAGCCAACCUGAAAGAACCCACUGACAUGUGCGACUGGUACACAGGUUUACCUUUCAUUCCACAUUUGGACAGUUUGCCAUUUUUCAACAGAUCAAGUGAUGGACCUGUCAGAUUGCCUAUUGUAGACAAAUACAAGGACAUGGGCACCGUCAUUUUGGGUAAACUGGAGUCUGGCGCCAUCGGCAAAGCACAGCAGCUGGUCAUGAUGCCAAACAGGCAUGUUGUGGAAGUGUUGAGUCUCUUAUCAGAUGAUGUGGAGACUGAUGAUGCUGGGCCAGGUGAAAACCUCAAACUGCGACUCAAGGGCAUUGAGGAGGAGGAGAUACUGCCUGGCUUUAUCCUGUGUAAUGCUGAGAACCUCUGCCACUCAGGGCGCACCUUUGACGCCCAGAUUGUCAUCAUUGAACACAAAUCCAUCAUAUGUCCAGGAUACAAUGCAGUCCUUCAUAUUCAUACUUGCAUUGAAGAAGUGCAAAUUACGGCCUUAAUCUGUCUAGUUGACAAGAAGUCUGGAGAGAAAAGUAAGACACGACCACGAUUUGUCAAACAGGACCAAGUCUGCAUUGCUCGUUUGCGCACGGCAGGAACCAUUUGCCUUGAAACCUUUAAAGAUUUUCCUCAAAUGGGACGGUUUACCUUACGGGACGAAGGUAAGACGAUUGCCAUUGGUAAGGUGCUAAAGCUGGUUGCUGAGCGGGACUGAUGUGGACUAAGCUAAAAGUCAUAGUGAAAAGAAACAGGCAGUGCUCUGUCGUGACCUGACCAAUCUGUUGUCAGCAGGGACGGUGCAUCCUCGCAACACCCCUAUUCUGCUUGCCGAAGAUCAGCUUCAGAAAAAAAAACUCAUGUGACACAGAACCUGUUUUUGGGUAAAUGACAAAGAUGAAGUCCACACGAGUCAGCUUUCUCAUAUUGAGAGCUAUGCUAUGCCAUUUUUGGGUUUUCCCUAUCCCCAAUUCCCUCUUCUGAUUUACUUAUUACAUGAAUUUUUUGUCCUACAUUUUUUUAUUCCUUUCAUAAAUGACUAUGGCUAAUUGCAGAAGUUAUAUCUGUUAAUGGAUGAGGAGCAGCGUUUUUCUUUAAACAGAAAAUAAUUUUUUGAAGUAAAUUGUAAAAGAAAUUGUUAAAGAACUAAAGAAAGAACUGAACCAGAUGGAACCAGAUGUUACUUGGGUGUACAUGUCUCCCUUUGCUCUAACUGGUUUAUUUUAUGGCUACUGCCAGUGAGCUUGAGCGUUUUCAAUUGUUAUUAAAGAAAACAAAUAUGACAAUAAAAAUUUAAUUGGGAAAACAAGGUUUGUUCAUUUGAGGAGCACAUGAUGGGGGUUUCAUAUAUUUAGUUAAUGUCUGUCUACAACCCAAGUUCAACAACAGUUGGGAUAUUGUGUAAAAUGUUAAUUAAAAGAGAUUUUGACGGUU